UGCGCCCCUCUCCUUCCCCAGGAGCGCCCCGACGGGCUGGGAGCAGCAGCUGGCGGGGCCCGCCUGUCGUCUCUGCCCCAGGCAGCCUAUGGGCCGGCGCCGCCGCUCUGCCACACGCCGGCCGCCGCUGCCGCCGCCGCCGACUUCCAGCCGCCCUACUUCCCGCCGCCCUACCCGCAGCCGCCACUACCCUACGGUCAGGCGUCCGACGCCGCCGCUGCCUUUCCACACCUGGCCGGGGACCCCUACGGCGGCCUGGCCCCCCUGGCACAGCCGCAGCCUCCGCAGGCCGCCUGGGCUGCGCCCCGCGCCGCCGCCCGCGCCCACGACGAGCCGCCCGGCCUGCUGGCGCCGCCCGCCCGAGCCCUGGGCCUAGACCCGCGCCGCGAGUACGCUGCCUCUGUGCCUCGGCUCCUGCACGGCCUGGCAGACGGCGCGCACGGCUUGGCCGACGCGCCCCUCGGCCUCCCCGGACUGGCGGCGCCGCCGAGCUUGGAGGACAUGCAGGCCAUGGAUGAGCCGGGAAUGAGUCUCCUGGACCAGUCCGUGAUCAAGAAAGUCCCCAUCCCCUCCAAAGCCAGCAGCCUUUCAGCUCUCUCAUUGGCCAAAGACAGCUUGGUUGGUGGCAUCACGAACCCAAGUGAGGUCUUCUGCUCCGUGCCAGGCCGGCUCUCUCUGCUCAGCUCGACGUCCAAGUACAAGGUGACAGUGGGGGAGGUCCAGCGGCGACUCUCACCUCCCGAAUGCCUCAAUGCCUCCCUCCUGGGUGGCGUCCUUCGCAGGGCCAAGUCCAAGAACGGGGGCCGGUGUCUGCGGGAACGGCUGGAGAAGAUUGGGCUCAACCUGCCAGCUGGCCGUCGCAAGGCUGCCAAUGUGACACUGCUGACCUCGCUGGUAGAGGGAGAGGCCGUGCACCUGGCCCGAGACUUCGGCUAUGUCUGUGAGACCGAGUUCCCAGCCAAGGCAGCUGCCGAGUACCUGUGCCGACAGCAUGCUGACCCUGGGGAACUGCACAGCCGCAAGAGCAUGCUGCUGGCUGCCAAGCAGAUCUGCAAGGAGUUUGCAGACUUGAUGGCACAGGACCGUUCACCGCUGGGCAAUAGCCGCCCAGCACUCAUCCUGGAGCCUGGAGUGCAGAGCUGCCUGACACAUUUCAGCCUCAUCACCCAUGGCUUCGGGGGGCCUGCCAUCUGUGCUGCCCUCACUGCCUUCCAGAACUACUUGCUGGAGUCACUCAAGGGGCUGGACAAGAUGUUUCUAAGCAGCACGGGCAGUGGGCAUGGUGACACCAAGGCUUCGGAGAAGGAUGCCAAACACCGGAAAUAGUUGCUCUCCCUACCUCAUCCCUAAGGGGCUCCCAAGGCCUGAAAUGAGGUCUUUGUUCCUGGGGGUGGCCUGAAAGGAUUAAAAGGGGGGGUUGGAAUCAAGCCAGAAAGAGAACAUUCCUCUAGAAACCCCCGAAUUAGGGGUGUGGGAUGAAGUAAUGGGAGGUGGUGUCUGGGUGGUCUGUUGCUAAGGGCCCAGGUGGCUGUCUCACAUGUGCCACUUUCUGACCCUUGACUGCUGCGAAGGGCUUGGACAGGAAAUUGGCAUGGAAAAGCCUGAUUCUUGGGGCCAGUGCUGCCCAUUAGGGUGCCUGGGCAGCAAUGGGUUCUCCUAGGGGCCAAGGCCUUGCUGCUUUAAGCCAGCAGAGGGAAACUAACAAACUAGAGGUGCUACUGAGGCAUUGGUACCCCCUCAUUCCAGACUCUCCUACCCCCAGAAAAGGGAUGCUGGCAGGAGGCCCCGGUGGGCUUUUUGGACCCCUCCAACCCUUGGAAAGAAGUAGGCAGGAGAGACCCUUGAGGAACAGAGAAGAUAAAGCACAAAUUGCAUAACUUGAAUCCAGGCUGCACUUCAGUCUUGUUGCUGUCUGUCCUAUUUAUUUAUGUCGUAAUUAAAGUUUUUAAAUGUCCAGUGCAACUUAUUUAUCCCAUUGAGGACUCCUGUUUCAUUGUCUUCUGCUCAUGUACCAAGAUGUCCAGCUGGACCAGGAUGGAGAGGUUGUCUUUGCUCUCAGAGGGCUGUGGGUGGGCUGGGAGGGAAGAAAGAUGUCAGGGACAUUGAGGUUGUUUGGGAUUUUGUAUGUGUCGUUUCUCCUGCCCUGCAGUCAGUAUACCUCCCCAACUCCCAGAUUGUUUUCAUUAUCUUAAUAAAAACUUUUCAUUGGAUAUGAAGCCUUCCCUGUCCUUCAGUCCUGGAUUUGCUUCCCAAGAGGGCAAGACCACAGGAUUUAGGAGGGGUUGAAGGACUGUGCCUCUAGGGGGAAACCCUUAGAAGGGGCUGUGGGCAUCUCUGUGUGAGGGGGUGGGUCUAUCUGGCUUGUCAGUGUGCCUAUUAGUUAUGUGUGUGUGAAGUGAAUCCUGGUGGGUGGGAGCUGUAUGUAUAUUAUUGUGACUUACUGGGCCUGUGUGUCAAUGUGUCAAUCUGGCUAUUGGCUUUAUGUGAUGUGUUACCAUGGCCACUGGUGGCAGAUCUCUAUGUGUGAAUGCUGAUGACUCUGGGUGUAUGUUGGAACCAUUCAAAUCCAGCUAUUUUGUCUUCUUGAGGAUUUCAUUCUUUGGGCUGUUUUUCUUUCCUGCACAGUCUCUCCCUCUGCGGAAUUAUCUACUUGACUAUUCCCCAAAGGAUACACGUUCUAGGAUCUCUUACCUUACAAAACGUAAAUCCUUUCCCCAUCUACUUCUUUUGCAGUUAAGUUUUUGAAAGAUUGCUCUUACCUUCAUUUCCUCAUUGCCAAUUCACUCCUGUCGAAUCAGAUGUAGCUGCCUGCCUACACCACAGCUACAGCCCCUCGGGAUCUGAGCCGUGUCAGGAACUCCUUUCAACCCACUUUAAAUGUGGCUUCUAUCCCUACCAGCCAAUGGAAAUCCACGCAGCAAGGUUAUCAAUAGCCACAAUGUCAAAUCCAAAGGCCCAUUUUCUGGACCUCACAGCAUUUGACAUGGCUGACCACUUGCUCUUUUCUUUCCGGAGCUAUAGCUGCCGGCCUGCGCCAGAGCCACAGCAACGCCAGGUCCGAGCCGCAUCUGUGACCUACACCGCAGCUCACAGCAAUGCCGGAUCCUUAACCCACUGAACGAUGCCAGGGAUCAAACCCAAACCUCAUGGUUCCUAGUCGUCUUCGUUUCCGCUUCACCACGACGAGAACUCCCCACUGUUCUUUUCUGAAACACUUCUACUUACAUCCAAAGUAGAGUACUUGAGUCAAGUAUUCAAAUCUUGACCAGGCCACUUUCCUGACCUCAAUAAAUGUCACCACUCUCUACACU